AUGUCGCAUUCCAAUUCUCUGACUGCCUCAUCCGAUUUCGAAGUCAAUUUUUCGCCAAGGAAAGAAGCAUUGACAUCGAAACUUCGACAAACAUUCAAUGUAGCCGGCAGACGGAACCCUGAAAGUCGAUCGAGAAAACAAUCAGUGCCUGAUCUGACAAAUUUAACUCCUCAAAGUCAGGAACUCAUUUUACGCGCUGUGGACACGAUAAAAAAGGAGGACAGUGAGAGUGUCAUGAGUGCACUGGACGAAAGUCGAGAUAUUCUACGUAAUUCACUCGAAGAAUUCAAACGUGAACAAGCAGAAUACCGAAAACAACUGCAAGAGAUUUCGAAAAUGAAAGAAAACGCAAUGGGAAGACAAAAGGAAAAUUCCAUUCCAUUAUCAAUAUUUAUGAAGCAAAAACGUGAUACGGAAGGUCUAGCUGAUCUUCGGCCAAAUUCCGGCAUGAAUCUCACUUAUCAGGCGUAUUUCGAAGCCUUGUUAACAACCGAUAAAAAUGAUUCGCAGCAUCCAUCGGAUAAAGCGGCAGUGAUCAAAUACAUUCGUGGACGUGAACGGCGAAAACGUGCUGCGGAGAAUAAGAAGAAUCACGAAAUAACAGAAGAUGUUCUGGAAAAACAAACAGCUGAGUUGAUGGGUAAACUCGAUGGAAUGGAUAUCAAACUGGAAAAUGAACGACAACGACAAAAUGAUAUUUUACGUGCUCGAAUGAAUGAAAAGAAAACUAAGAAUAACAAUAUAAUGCAAGCACAUGAAAUCAUCGGACAAGCGAACGAAGCCGAUCUAGCUCGCCAACGUGUCGAACAAUCACAACGUGAGAAAAUUGAAGCACGUUUAUCAGCUGCUCGUGUCCGUCGACCGCCGUCGAACAUGAUCCAUGUGCAAAGUAAUGCUAAUGAGCAUGAUGAUGAUCAAGAACUAGAUAACGAACAAGUUCAAACGACGAAGAAAUCUCUGAAAUUAUUAGAUGAAACUAACGGAUAUCAAUCAGUACGAGCAACAACGCCUGUUUUCGGCGAUGAUGAUACGGACAGAAAAGUGGCCAAUAUUCAUAUUUAA